UUUUGAUUGACAAAAUGAGAUCGCGUUAUUUGUUAGAAGGUGAUAGCGACGAGGAAGCUACUCGUGAAUCACCAGAAGGUAGUAAUGAUGAAGAAGCUAGUCGUGAAUCUCCAGAAGGUGAAGAAGAUACUCGCGAUCCUCCAGAUGGUGAAGAAGAUACUCGUGAUCCUCCAGAUGGUGAAGAAGAUACUCGCGAUCCUCCAGAUGGUGAAGAAGAUACUCGCGAUCCUCCAGAUGAAGGAGAAGAAGAUACUCGUGAUCCUCCAGAAGGAGAAGAAGAUACUCGUGAUCCCCCAGAAGGAGAAGAAGAUACUCGUGAUCCCCCAGAAGGAGAAGAAGAUACUCGUGAUCCCCCAGAAGGAGAAGAAGAUACUCGCGAUCCUCCAGAUGGUGAAGGUGAAGGUGAUAAUUCU